AUGUCUCGAGUUGUCUCAAGAGUGACGACUUAUUUCAAACAGCAUUCGACAGCAGAAUGGAAAAAUUAUUUCCUUUCAACUCACUUCUGGGGCCCAGUUGCUAACUGGGGGCUUCCAUUGGCCGCUCUUGGUGACUUGAAGAAAAAUCCUGACAUGAUCAGUGGCCCAAUGACAUCAGCUCUUCUAAUCUACUCCAGUGUCUUCAUGCGUUUCGCUUGGCACGUGCAGCCACGAAACCUUCUUCUCUUCGCCUGUCAUCUUGCCAAUUUCAGUGCUCAAGGAGCUCAGCUUGGACGUUUCGUGAACCACCAUUACUUGCACUAUGUCGAAGAUCCAGUUCAUCACCGAUUGAUGGUAAAAAAAGAAAUUUUAGAGCAUGUACAUGAUGCCGAGAUCGCUAAAGCCCACUGA